CCUUCUGCCUCCUUUACAUGAAAGAAUACAAGAAGGAAGAGAAAUGUACAAAUGUAUGGAGUGUGCAGAAAGCUUCAGUACAAGCCUUUCUCUUGCAUUGCAUAAAAAGAUUCACAAAGCAGAGGAUCUACACAAAUGUCUGGAUUGUGGAAGGACCUUCAGGCAGAAACAUCAUCUCAAUUCACAUAAGAUGGUCCACGAAGAGAGGAAGCAGCAUCAAUGCAUUACUGGGGAAAAGACCUUCGGAAACAGCACUUCCUUUACUUCCCACCAAAACGUCCACAGAGGAGAGAAAUUACAUGAACUCGGGGAGGGUAGAAUAAGGUUUACUCAGAGCAAUGAACUGAAUUGCCGGGAAAAAAAUCCCACUGAGAAGAAAUCAUGUAAAUGCCUGGAAUGUGGGAAGAGCUUCCGCUCUGCAAGUAACCUCACUUACCACAAUAGGAUCCAUACACGGGAAAAGCCGUAUCAUUGCACUGUGUGCGGAAAGAGCUUUGCACAAAAAGGCAACUUCAAUUUACAUAAGAGGAUCCAUACCAGAGAGAAGCUGUAUAAAUGCACAGAAUGUGGGAAAGGCUUCAAAGCCCCCGGUGCUCUUACUUGUCAUAAUAGGAUUCACACAGGAAAGAAGCCCUUUCAAUGCCUGCAGUGUGGAAUGUGUUUUGUCCGUUCUGAUAGCUUGCAUGCCCACGAACAGACCCACAUGGAGGAGAAACCAUACAAAUGCCUGGAAUGUGGAAAAAGCUUUGAUUAUUCCAGCCACUUAACUUCUCAUAGAAGAAUCCACAGUGGAGAGAAACCGUAUCAAUGCACUGAGUGUGGGAAACGCUUCAAUAAUCAAAAGAUUCUUACUGUCCAUAAAAGAAUCCACACAGGUGAAAAGCCUUACAAGUGCGCCGAGUGCAACAAAUGCUUCACUGGUUUGGGGGCUCUCUCUUAUCACAAAAGGCUCCACACUGGGGAGAAACCAUAUGAAUGCCACACUUGUGGAAAGAACUUUAGUAGAAAAUAUAGCUAUAUCAUACAUACCAGGACCCACACUGGAGAGAAACCCUUUCAAUGCCUGCAGUGUGGAAAGUGUUUUGCACGGUCUGAUAGCUUGCUUGCCCAUGAAUGGACCCACAUAGGGGAGAAACCAUACAAAUGCAUGGAGUGUGGAAAGAGCUUCAGUGAUUCCAGCAACUUAAAUUCCCAUAGGAGAAUCCAUAGUGGACAGAAACCACAUCAAUGCGCUGAGUGUGGGAAGCGCUUCAAAAAUCAACAGAAUCUUACUGUCCAUAAAAGGAUCCACACAGGUGAAAAGCCUUAUAAGUGCAUCGAAUGUGGCAAAUGCUUCACUGAUUUGGGGACUCUCUUUCGCCACAAAUGGCUCCACACUGGGGAGAAACCAUACGAAUGCCAUACGUGUGGAAAGAGCUUCAAUACAAAAAAUACCUAUAUUGUACAUAGCAAGACCCACACAGGGGAGAAACCAUACAAAUGCAUGGAGUGUGGAAAAAGCUUCUGUAAUUCCAGCCACUUAACUUCCCAUAGAAGAAUCCACACUGGAGAGAAACCAUAUCAAUGCACUGAGUGUGGGAAGCGCUUCAGUCAAACAGGUUCCCUUAUUCUCCAUAAAAUGACCCACACAGGUGAAAAGCCUUAUAAGUGUACCGAAUGUGGCAAAUGCUUUAGUCGACAGUGGAAUCUCUCUGUUCACAAAAGACUCCACACUGGGGAGAAACCAUAUGAAUGUCACACAUGUGCAAAGAGUUUCAAUACAAAAAAUGGCUAUAUCCUACAUAGCAGGACCCACACUGGGGAGAAACCAUAUCAGUGCCAAGAGUGUGGAAAACUCUUCAGUGAUUCUGGACAACUGACGAUUCAUAAAAGGAUUCACACAGGGGAGAAACCCUAUAAGUGCAUGGAGUGUGGCAUGAGUUUCAGAAGAAUUGGUUACCUUUGUAGCCACAAGAGAAUCCACACGGGGGAGAAACCAUAUACAUGUCAUGAGUGCGGAAAGUGUUAUAGAGAGAGUGGCAAGCUUACCUCCCACAUGAGGAUCCACACAGGGGAGAAACCCUAUAAAUGCCUGGAGUGUGGAAAGUGUUAUAGAGAGAGUGGCAAUCUUACCUCCCACAUGAGGAUCCACUCAGGGGAGAAACCCUAUAAAUGCCUGGAGUGUGGAAAAUGUUAUAGACAGAGUGGUCACCUUACCUCCCACAUGAGGAUCCACACAGGAGAGAAGCCGUUUAAAUGUAUCGACUGUGGAAAGAGUUUCAGAAAUUGCUGGAAUCUUAAGCUCCAUAAAAGAAUCCACACGGGGAAGCCGUAUGAGUGUUUGGAGUGUGGUAAGAAAUCCGGAACCUGGAAUGACUUUAGUCACCAUAAGAAAACACACAGUAUGAAAAGACAACGCUGUGACGGAUGGGAGAUGGAGGAUUCUGGCCAAGAGGCAGCAGCACCUUUGCCAAAAGACAAAAAUAAUGUUGCAGAAAAGAUGUAUGGAAAGCAAAGUUUUGAGGAAAACCUGUUAAUGGUUGAGCAGGAGAAUUUGUCUAGUUUCCCAUGUGCAGAUACCAAUGUCUUAUUGGACGCAGAUGAUUGGCAAGAAAAAGAAGUGUGUCCAAGGUGUGGGAAAAUAUUCAGAGAUGAAUUGGGAUUAUAUGACUGUUGCCAAAGCCCUGCUGGAGAGAAACAGGAUGAAAGCAGGCAACCCUCCAGGAGGACUCUUCCUUCUCCUUUACAUGAAAGAAUACAAGGAGGAGGGGAAAUGUACAAAUGUACUGAAUGUGCAGAAAGCUUCAGUACAAGCCAUUCUCUUACAUUGCAUAAAAAGAUUCACAAAGCAGAGAAUCCAUACAAAUGUCUGAAUUGUGGAAGGAACUUCAGGCAGAAAAAUCAUCUUAGUUUACAUAAGAGGGUCCACGAAGAGAGGAAGCAGCAUCAAUGCAUCACCUGUGGAAAGACCUUCAGAAACAGCAACUCCCUUACAUCCCACCAAAGUGUCCACAAAGAGGAGAAGUUGCAUCAACUCAGGGAGAAUAGGACACGGUUUACUCGGAGCAAUGAAGCAAAUUCCCGAAAAAAAAGUCCCACUGGGACUAAUUCAUGUAAAUGCCCGGAAUGUGGGAAGAACCUCCGCUCUGCAAGUGACCUCACUUACCAUAGAAGGAUCCACACAGCGGGAAAGCCGUAUCAUUGCACUCUGUGUGGAAAGAGCUUUGCACAAGAAGGCAAUUUCAGUUUACAUAAGAGGGUCCACACCGGAGAGAAGCCAUAUAAAUGCACACUGUGUGGAAAAUGUUUCAAAGCCCCCAAUGCCCUUACUUCUCAUAAGAGGAUUCACACAGGGGAGAAACCCUAUGAAUGCUUGGAGUGUGGAAAAAGCUUCAACAAACGUGAUACGUUAACUAAACAUAAAAGGAUGCAUAAAGGCGAGAAACCUUAUAAAUGCCUGCAUUCUGGAAAGAGCUUCAAUCAAAAAGGUCAUCUUAAGUCACAUGAGAGGAUUCACUUGGAAGAAAAACCAUUUCAAUGCACGGAGUGUGGAAAGAGCUUCAAUCGCUCUUCACACCUUACUGCCCAUAACAGAAUCCACACGGGGGAGAAACCAUACAAAUGCCUGGAAUGUGGAAAGAGCUUCAGUUAUUCCAACCACUUAACUUCCCAUAGAAGAAUCCACAGUGGAGAAAAACCGUAUCAAUGCACGGAGUGUGGGAAGCGCUUCACUCAUCAACAGAGUUUUACUGUCCAUAAAAGGAUCCACACAGGUGAAAAGCCUUGUAAGUGUACCGAAUGUGGCAAAUGCUUCACUGAUUUUGGGGCGCUCUCUCGUCAUAAAAACGUCCACACUGGGGAGAAACCCUAUGAAUGCCACACUUGUGGAAAGAGCUUCAAUAGAAAAGAUGGCUAUAUCAAACAUAGCAGGACCCACACUGGGGAGAAGCCCUUUCAAUGCCUGCAGUGUGGAAAGUGUUUUGCCCGUUCUGAUAUGUUGCAUGCCCACAAAAAGACCCACAUGGGGGUGAAACCAUAUAAAUGCCUGGAAUGUGGAAAGAGCUUCAGCCAUUCCAGCUACUUAAUGAUACAUAGAAGAAUCCACAGUGGAGAUAAACCAUAUCAAUGCACUGAGUGUGGAAAGCACUUCAAUAAUCCACGUAGUCUUACUGUCCAUAAAAUGAUCCACACAGGUGAAAAGCCUUANGUU